CGGUCGGCAGUACCUGGUCGCAGAGUCCCGUGGAGAAGGCUGGAGAGUGGUGCUCCCCGCCUCGAAGCCAAUGGUUUGAGCCUCCAGUGGUGCUCACAGCUCACAGUGGGAUUGAAGCUCGGAGUCGCCACCAGACCCGCCCAGGGCCGGGACAGGGACCGCCAUUCCUGCAGCGGCUUCUGCUCCCGCCCGGCUCAGCCCACGACGGCAAUGGCGGCGCCCCCGAUGAGGAGACGGGCUGAGGUUGGUGUGACCUUUGAGGACAUUGCCCUGUACUUCUCCAGGGAGGAAUGGAGCCUCCUUGAUGAGGGUCAGAGACAGCUGUACCUGAAUGUGAUGCUGGACAACUUUGAACUUCUAUCCUCGUUGGGUUGCUGCUGUGGAGAAGAGAAUGUGGAGUUCCUGACUGAGCAAAAGGUUUCUGGAAGAUUGUCACAGAGAGUUCACACUGGAGAAAAGCCUUAUCAAUGCAUUGAAUCUGGAAAAUCUUUUAUCGCUAAGAAUGAUGUUCAUCAACAUCAGAGAGUUCAUAAGGGAGAAAAGCCUUAUAAAUGCAGUGAAUGUGGGAAAUCUUUUACAAGGAGCAGUGUUCUUCAAUAUCAUCAGAGGGUUCACACUGGAAAAAAGCCUUAUCAAUGCACUGAAUGUGGUAAAUCUUUUACCUAUAAGUCCAAAUUUCAUCGUCAUCAGAGAGUUCAUACAGGAGAAAGGCCUUUUCAAUGCAGUGAAUGUGGAAAAUCUUUUACCCAGAAGACAUACCUUCAUUGUCAUCAGAGAUUUCAUAGGGGAGAAAACCCUUUUAAAUGCAGUGAAUGUGGAAAAUGUUUUCUAAGUAGCACUGGUCUCCAAUAUCAUCAGAGACUUCACACUGGAGAAAAGCCUUAUCAGUGCAGUGAAUGUCAAAAAUCUUUUGCUAGUAAGACGGUCCUUCAUCGUCAUCAGAGAGUUCAUAUGGGAGUAAAGCCUUAUCAAUGCAUUGAAUGUGGGAAAUGUUUUAAAAGUAGAAUAGGUCUCCAAUAUCAUCAGAGAAUUCACACUGGAGAAAAGCCUUAUCAUUGCAGUGAAUCUCAAAAAUCUUUUACCACUAAGACCGUCCUUCAUCAUCAUCAGAGAGUUCAUACGGGAGAAAAACCUUAUAAAUGCAGUGAAUGUGGAAAACCCUUUAAAAGUAGAGGAGGUCUCCUAUAUCAUCGGAGUGUUCACACUAGAGUACAGCCUUAUCAAUGUAGUGAAUGUGGGAAAUCUUUUACCCAGAGCAAUGUCCUUCAUAAUCAUCAGAGACUUCAUAGAGGAGAAAAGCCUUACAAAUGUAGUGAAUGUGGGAAGUCUUUUCCCGCUAAGUACGAACUUAAUCGUCAUCAGAGAGUUCAUACGGCAGAAAAGCCUUAUAAAUGCAGUGAAUGUGGAAAAUCACUUAAAUCUAGAGAAAGUCUCAAAUAUCAUCAGAGAGUUCACACUGGAGAAAAGCCUCAUCAAUGCAGUGAAUGUCAAAAAUCUUUUACCAGUAAGACCGCCCUUCAUUGUCAUCAAAGAGUUCAUACGGGAGAAAAACCUUAUAAAUGCAGUGAAUGUGGAAAAUCUUUUAAAAGUAGAGUAGGUCUUCAAUAUCAUCGGAAUGUUCACACUGGAGAAAAGCCUUAUCAAUGUAGUGCAUGUGAAAAGUCUUUUACCCAGCGCACUUCCCUUCAUUAUCAUCAGAGACUUCAUACAGGAGAAAAGCCUUAUAAAUGCACUGAAUGUCAAAAAUCUUUUACCACUAAGAUAGUCCUUCAUCAUCAUCAGAGAGUUCAUACAGGAGAAAAGCCUUUUCAAUGUAGUGAAUGUGGAAAAUCUUAUACCUGUAAGAACUAUCUUCAUCUUCAUCAGAAAGUACAUACGGGAGAAAAGCCUUUUAAAUGCAGUGAAUGUGGAAAAUGUUUUCAAAGUUUCAGUGGUUUCCAAUAUCAUCAGAGAGUUCACACUGGAGAAAAGCCUUAUCAAUGCAGUGAAUGUGGAAAAUCUUUUGCCAUUAAGAUUGACCUUCGUCGUCAUGAGAGAGUUCAUACGGGAGAAAAGCCUUAUAAAUGCAGCGAAUGUGGGAAAUGUUUUAAAAGUAGAAAAGGUUUCCAAUAUCAUCAGAGAAUUCACACUGGAGAAAAGCCUUAUCAAUGUAGUGAAUGUCAAAAAUCUUUUGCUAGUAAGACGGUCCUUCAUCGUCAUCAGAGAGUUCAUACAGGAGAAAAGCCUUUCCAAUGUAGUGAAUGUGGAAAAUCUUUUACAGGUUGCAAUGGUCUCCAGUAUCAUCAGAGAGUUCACACUGGAGAAAAGCCUUAUCAAUGCAAUGAAUGUGGGAAAACUUUUACAGGUCCCAAUGGUCUCCAAUAUCAUCAGAGAGUUCACACUGGAGAAAAGCCUUAUCAAUGCAAUGAAUGUGGGAAAACUUUUAAAGGUCCCAAUGGUCUCGAAUAUCAUCAGAGAGUUCACAAUGGGGAAAAGCCAUUAUGAGUGCAAUUAAUAUGAGGUAUCUCUCAGCCAAAUUUCUAAAUUCGCUCUCCGCAUAUAUGAGGCCAAAUGUGAGAAAUUUCUUAGAUGUGUAGGAAAUGUAGUUUCUUAGUUAGGACUUAACAUUAGUACAAGAAAAUUUGUGAAUCCUCAUUUUUCGGAAUUGUGUCUCAUACAUUUAAUCACCUACAUUAUGUAAACUUCCGAUUAGUGUUUUAGUUAUUGUCUUUGUUUUAUGUUGGAUCACUCUGUAAUUAUGUUGCACUUGCUAACAUACAGAGAUGUCCUGCCAGAUCUAUGCCCCUUCUUAUUUCUGUUGUUGAUGGUAUUUCACCUGAACCACCUAUAAGGUCCCUACAAAUGCCAUCAAUCUCCAUCCUCAUGUGCCCAGCAAAGCUAACUCUGCUGUCUUUUUUGUUGAAGAAAAUGAAGAAUACCUGAUCCCAUAGUUCUUUCUUGUUUCCCUGUUAUGCGUUGCCACCUAGGACUUAUUACUGUUGGCCCCAGUAUACAUGUUGCAGGGGGAAUGCUUUCCCUGAAUGCCAGUGAUGAAUUUAUUGAGUGCCUGAGUCAUCAGUGGAAGAACUGCCAGUCUCAUGUCUCUUUGGUUUGUAAUGGUGGACUUUUGAUCCAAAUCAAGAAAGAUGGUGCCAUUACAAUGCAGAAGCAUAUGAAGAUGAUGACCAUCAUCCUAGGGGUGGUGUUCAGUGUCAGACCUCUUAAUGGGGCCAGUGAAUAACACUCACUGCUGGCAUUUUAUAUACAGUAGUGAAUGAGUGAAGGACUGUGACCUUAAUAUGCUCACUACUUGCUUUGGUUUUUGUUUUAAUAUUCAAGUAUAGUAAUGUUUUAAAAAGUUCAAUGAAGAAUAAACACAAAUGCUCAAAUAUAA